GGGCAGCGGCGGCUGACGGGCCCCGAGUUUCGCGAGCAUGACCGGGUUGUAUGAGUUGGUGUGGCGCGUGCUGCACGCGCUGCUCUGCCUCCACCGCACGCUCGCUUCCUGGCUCCGCGUCCGCUUCGGCACCUGGAACUGGAUCUGGCGGCGGUGGUGCCGCGUCGCCUCCUCCGCGGUCCUAGCGCCGCUCGGCUUUACCCUCCGCAAGACCCCGGCGGCGGGCAGGAAUCACCACCACCAUCACCAUCACCACCACUACUACCACCACCAUGCCCACGGCCGCGGGGCGCCCGGCGCGGCCUCUGCGGCCACCCACCCCCGGCUCCGCUGGCGCUCGGACGGCAAAUCGCUGGAGAAGUUGCCGGUGCACAUGGGCUUGGUGGUCACAGAGGAGGAGGAGCCCAGCUUCUCGGACAUUGCAAGCCUCGUGGUGUGGUGCAUGGCCGUGGGCAUCUCCUACAUCAGUGUCUACGACCACCAAGGUGAGGCGCGGCUGGUGGGGGAAGUACUUGAGGUUGGACAGGAUUUGGAUUGCCCAGUGAGAAAUGAGGAAUUUAGUGGAAAUGACACUAAAGAAACACAAAUUUUAAAUUGCCAAUCAUCAGUGAAGGUGCUGUCUCCAGAAGAUGGAAAAGAAGAUAUUGUGAGAGCUGCUCGAGACUUUUGCCAGUUAGUAGCUCAGCAGCAAAAGAAAUCCACAGACAUGGAUGUCAAUGUUUUAGACAAUUUACUUAGUUUGAAUGGUUUCCCUGACCCUGAUUUAGUAUUGAAGUUUGGUCCUGUGGACAGCACAUUAGGAUAUCUUCCUUGGCACAUUAGAUUGACUGAGAUUAUCUCUUUGCCUUCACACCUAAACAUCAGUUAUGAGGACUUUUUCUCUGCCCUCCGUCGGUAUGCAGCCUGUGAGCAGCGUUUGGGAAAGUGAUCAUUGAUUGCACUGCUUGAAUUCAAGCUUUUGGAGGAAAGGACCCAAGGGAUUCUGAUGUUUACAAGCACCUGUGAUCAAUUCUGUAUACACCCAGUUCACAAUCCUCCUCAUAAUUUAUCGACAAACUCAAAAAAGUGUCUUACUUGAGAGUGAGUGUGUGCGUGUAUAUGUGUGUGUGUGCAUGCGAUUGUGAGUAUGAAAGUAAAUUUAUAAAUGGGAAGUAUUAGAGAAGGAACUAUAUAGACCUGCAGCUUUGAGAAAAUAACACUAUCCAAGUCUGAAAUGUAGGCUUCUCAAAGGCUUCAGCCUCAAUCUCUUCCCUAUUUUUGUGGGGAGGGCAGAGGAGGAAUGAUUGAAGCUGUUUGGUUAUUAUUUGGGGACUUUGAAGGAGGGAGGGGAGAGGCAGGGUUUGGUGGUUUUUUUUCCUAGUGACCAAAAUUUUAAGUUUCAAGAAUAAUGUGUUGACUCUUUCUAUUAAGUGGAAGCAUUCAAAGUUUGAGAACUCUCCAGCCUAACAGUUUGACGUGUUGCUCACAUGUUAUAAGCAUGCACCUUUGGAGUAAAGAGGGAAUUUCACCUAUCAUCAGAUGUCCGUCCAUUCCUGUCCCUUACUGCAUCAUGAACUAGCUGGGUCACUUUAGAGCCCUUGACUUGGUGUGCUUGUUUAUGGUAUGGACUGUGAAGGUCAGGGACAAAAACGUUUUCCAAAAACAUGCUGUUGUCCAGCAAGUAGUUUGACAACUGAAGGGAUAGUAUAUUCCCUGAGACUAGAAAAAGCAGCUUUGGUCUCUUCUUGUUUUGGGGGUAGUUUGUUUUUAAGCAGCAACCAGUGUUUAUAUUAGACCUAAAGUGUCUGACUGUCCAUUUACAAAUAGCAAACAAACGAGGAAAGUUAACAAAGGCAGCUGGUUAUCUCCUCCAGAAGUGAUCCAACAUCUUCAGAAUUCUUCCCUCCUUGGAAUAGCAUAUUUAAGUUCCUAUGAAUGGAGGUAUAAACAGUUUUUAUAUGGCAUUAUGGAAUUUUUUUUUAAAGGAUUGAAGCCUCUGCAGGGAGUUAAAUAUUACCAAAGUCUACAAAAAGAUUGGGCUUAGGUUUUUUGUUUCCUUUCUUGAGAGAGAAAAUAGCACUGGUUUCAUUUUAUUUUUAAAUUUAUGAAUAUCCAUUUUUUUAGGCAUUUAAUCAUUGCCUCUUCCCUCAUUCCUGCUCUUAAAUUAGGCAUAAGUCACUGUUCGGAUUUGCUAUGUUAGUUUUGGGGAAAAUCUGUCUACAAGUGUACAACAUUUGCAUUGGAAUAGGGUUAUUAUUUAAAAUUUAGGUUUCAGAAGCCUAUAAAGUAGUAGUUGAAGACUGGAUUUAGAGAGCAUGGUCUGUAAUCGUCCAACAAGUUCUGAAGCUAUGAAGAAUAAAUGUAUUUCAGCAAUGGGUAAUGAAAUCCCCGCAAAAGAUUUGAAAACACACUUGAAAUAAAAUCCAUUAAAAACUGAAAUUUGCUCAAGUGAUAUUGCUUUGCACUUCAUGUUAUUUAUAUGUUGAAACACUCUGGGUUUUUAAAAUAUUAAUUUAUUGCUGAAAGUUUUGUCUUGAUUGAAGUUACAGCAUACCUCUUACUUAUCCUUUGCUGAUGAACUGCAGAUUAGUAUUCCAGUGCUGUGUUCCAGGUUCUGCUGAAACUUUUUUUGCCUUCAUUACAGAUUGUGAUAUUCCUGUUGACUUGGAGAAAAGCUGGAAAUGUUUUAUUUCAUUUUAAAGGAAAAAAGGAAAGUACCAAGGUGAAGGAAAUUAAUAAUAAGUGUGUUGAAUACACUAAUAAACAAACAUAUUAUGUGCAAUGGAGCAUUAAAAUGAUGUAGUUUAAAUUGAUGAAAGUUACAAGGCUGCUCUGUUUUCUUCAACUCCUUCCUUUUCUUAAGAACUGUAUGUCUUGCAUCUAAAAUAAAAGGAUUAAGCUGUGACCUGAGUAGUUUGUAUAUUCCUUUAGAGAAGGACUAAAGAGAUUGCUUGAAGCUCUGCGUUUAAAUAUGGACAUCCAAAAUCUCAUACAUGGGAGCUGGACUGUAUAACUAGUAUAUUCUUUUUUUCUUUUCUAGCAUUGGCUUUUAAUUACUAGUUAUUAUUCCCAUCAAAAUCAGAAUGAGUUAUGCAUUCUAUGCUCCCAAAAGGAAACAAAAUAUUUAAAGAAAAGCAUUCUUUAAUUAUCUUUCUAGGCAAUUAAAGGCAUUUAAAAAUGAAUCUUUUUAACAAUCCCUGCAGUGGUAAAAUAUCCAAAUUAAAUCACUUAUGGCAAUAACUUGGAGCACAGCAGGAAGUUGAACAUUUUAAUUUAGUUAAGUUCUGGUUGUGUUCUCCAAUUUCUUACAGAUUUCUCAUUACCAGGUUAUGAAGGGAGCUGCUUUGGGUUCUGAUAGUAAAUUACUGCAUAUCGUGACUAAAGCUUAAGAAUUCCUGUCUUUGAGAGAUAGAUGUUAACUUUAUGAACAGUGCCAAAUACACUGUGCAUAUCUACAACUUGAUCUUUGAAUGUAUGUCCUUUGGUUAGCCCUUCCUGUUCUGUGUGAUGGCACCAUGUGUAGAGCCAAUUAAGUCUUCGUGAUAUUCUGUAUGGCUGUAGACUUUGGAAACAUGUAAAUAAUAUGUAAAGCAAGUUUUUAUGAUUAAGGAAUCAGAUUUAUUGAAUUUUAUUAUUGAAAGUUGAACCUGAACCUGUAUGACAAAAACAAACCAAUAAAAGAAUAUAAUCUUUC